UCCUAAAUUGUGAGAAAAUAAUCAAAGGGUGUGAUUCACUCAGAGUGCAAUACAAAGAAAUUCAAAGAAACAAGAAUUUAAAGUUUUGAAUUUUCGUUUUUUUGUGGGGAAAAGGUAAAAACGUAAAUCGUCCUGCAUGGUUGUCGUUCUGAUUUUGUUGAUCUUCAAACAAAUCACGAUAUACCUGAACAAACUCGUGCUCCGCGUCUACAAUUCAUGGGUCAUCGGGCAAAAUUCGACAAAUAGACUGAUAUCAGAUAGCGAAAGCCGAAAUAAUCAUAAUUAUCGAUCGAGUGCUUCAUCGAACGGCGGUAGACAUCAUACGGCGCAUCGUGCACGUUUGAUAGAGGGAGAGGGUCGCAAGAAGAAAUCCACAACUUUACGCAACAAGGAAAAGGGACGACUAUACUAACUUUUUUUUUUAUCAUAUCACUCUCGACGAAAAUAACAUGCAGCAAGAACAAGGGGGUGCUUUCUCAACAAUAAUAUGACUUGAAAUUGAAUGACUCGAGAGAAAUUGUAACAUGCAUCGAUAAAGUUGUAAUUGCCGUUUUUGUAAAAUUAGAAUAGCAUUUAGACAUCGAACAAGUUCCAUCUUCCACAAAAAAAAAACAACAUAGCAACAUAAGAAAUAUUUGUCAAAAAAAAAAAAAAUAGAAAAGUCGAGACACUUGCUGAAAAAUACUCAAUAUUACACUUUACAAUAAAAAGGUUGGUGACCUCCGUACGCAAACACACGAAUUCUAUUGACAUACAUUUGUAUGUAAUCCGCGUGCAUCGAUAAAAGGAUACAUAUUAACUACAAAAAAAAAACAGGAGGAAGGGUGAUUAAUGCGUGCGUGACUGUCACAAGAAACACGAAAAAUGACGAAUGCAAUUGAACAAAUGGAGGAACAAAAUCAUAAUAUUGUCCCGCCGUCGCCGCAAUCAACACAGUUACAGCCUUUGAUGUUGGAGAGACCUCUGUGUUACGGAUGCGAAGAUAAUUGGACAUGGAAUAAGCGGGAUCGAUCACAGGAAGUGAGAUUGAGCGGGCAAAAUAGCAGAACUGUACAUUUUCAUCCAAAUUGGAGUAAAGGCACAGCGGGAAUUCGUGGCAAUCGAGUAUUAAAUAAUGGUAGAUAUUAUUGGGAAAUUAAAGUUUCUCAACGAGUUUUUGGCACGAGUAUGAUGUUCGGAAUUGGCACAAAGUUAGCUCGUGUUCAUGCAAAUUCCUUCACAAAUCUGCUCGGCGAAGACAAACAUGGAUGGGGAUUGUCGCACAAAGGUCUUCUAUGGCACAACGGGGAAGUUCGCACAUACACGAAACGUUUCAAGGAGAACGAAGCAACAACUGUCGGUAUCCUGUUCGAUGGUAUUGCCGGCACAAUGACAUAUUACAAAGACGGGCAAUGUCUUGGCGUUGCAUUUCGUGGCUUGAACGAAGUACGAGACUCGCUGUAUCCGAUUGUGUGUUCGACCGCUGCCAAAACGGAAAUGACACUCAGCGAGACACGACGCGAUUUUGUCAAUUUGCAGGAUCGAUGUAGAGCCAUCAUCAUCCAGCGACUUCAUUCGGAAAAAGACUUACAGGCGCUCGGGUUGCCGCAUAGAAUUACGAAUUACUUGCAAGUAGCGUUAAAUCCGCCACAAACGACGCCCAUUUCUCCCGUGGAAAAUCUCUAUGACUUCUAUAUGUACUGAAUGGCGAUUAUCUCUCUGUUGAAUGCGUGCGUUUGUAGCUGAAUUAUUUUUUUUUGUUUUCCUGAAUUGAAAAUUCUCACGUUCGUUUCCUUAAAAAAAAACAACUUAAUUAUUUAUGUCUCGAUGUUUUCAAAAAAAUGAUUAAAAUUAAGUUUUCACUUACCAAUAAUUCAAGAUUUCCCAAUAUUUUACUUUUUCUAGUCAAAUUGAAUGUAAGUUACUCAUGUUUUGAUGUUUCAAGCUGUAACAUACCGACGACUUUAGUCAUAUUCAUUGACAUAAAACUUACAAUUUACAAUUACCAUUAGAUA